CCCCUUUUGUUCAACCGAGUUUCUGAAUUAUUCCCAACACAAUGAGAUGAUCGGGAUGUUAUAUUGUUUCAUAAAAUCAUUUCACUGUACCUACGCUUCCUGUGAUCUCGCCUGGGAUUAUCUAAUGAAUUAAAAUCGAUCUGCAACCCUUCCGAUCUGGUGUGAGGUUUCCGAAGCACGCAGUCUUGAGGAACGUGGAGUAAUGUAAUCUGGAACGGCAUCUGUCCCAGCAGUGGCUGUUGGCACAAUGGGGCUGGACUUUGAUGUAAAGACAUUCUGUCACAAUCUACGGGCCACCAAGCCCCCUUAUGAGUGCCCAGUGGAGACUUGCCGUAAGGUUUACAAGAGCUACAGUGGCAUUGAGUAUCACCUUUACCACUACGACCACGACAACCCAACUCCUGCACAGACUGUACCCCAGAAGAAGAGAAAGGGACGGCCUCCUCGCGCGUCACUGGCUGGAUCAGGAGAUACAGAUGAUGGUGGAGGUAACGGAGGUGGAGGACCGGGGCACGGGGGGAACACCCCUGGUAGUCCCAACCGGUCAGAACGCUCUCAUUCCCCGGGCAGAGAGACGAUGACCUAUGCCCAGGCACAGCGCAUGGUAGAGCUGGAGAUUCAAGGACGCAUUCACCGCAUUAGCAUCUUUGAGAACAUUGAUGUGGUGUCAGAGGAAGACAGCGAUGCAGAGGAUGCUCCUCCAUCUGGUACUGGUGGUAGUGGUGGAGGUGUGUGCAACGGUAGUGACGGUGGGGCCGGAGGUAGUGAGGUAGGAGGGAGUGGCAAGGACCGGCCAGAUAUUCCAUCUUCUAAUGGGGGCAAAGCCACCCCCAAGUCUGGGAAGCACAAGAGUAAAGAAAAGAAGAAGGAUGGCUCUUCCCAUCAUCACAGCGCUCAGUCCGGGCCUGCAGUCAAGCUCCCAGAGGCUGUGUUCAGAGAGCUGGACCAAGAGAGACCUGAUGCCCCUCCUCGGCCGUCAUCUUACUACAGGUACAUUGAUAAGUCUGUAGAGGAGCUGGAUGAGGAGGUGGAGUAUGACAUUGAUGAGGAGGACUACAUCUGGCUUGACAUCAUGAAUGACAAGCGACGGCGUGACGGUGUGACACCCAUCCCUCAGGAGGUCUUUGAGUACCUUAUGGACCGCUUAGAGAAGGAGUCCUACUUUGAGAGCCACAACAAGGCGGACCCCAGUACCCUGAUCGAUGAGGAUGCUGUCUGCUGCAUCUGUAAUGAUGGAGAGUGUCAGAACAGCAAUGUGAUCCUGUUCUGUGACAUGUGUAACUUGGCAGUGCACCAGGAGUGCUACGGUGUGCCGUACAUCCCAGAGGGCCAAUGGUUAUGUCGUCGCUGCCUGCAGUCUCCAAGUCGAGCAGUGGACUGUGCUCUCUGUCCCAACAAGGGCGGAGCUUUCAAACAGACAGACGACGCACGCUGGGCACACGUUGUGUGUGCACUCUGGAUCCCAGAGGUCUGCUUUGCUAACACAGUCUUUCUGGAGCCGAUUGAUAGUAUUGAGCACAUCCCUCCUGCACGCUGGAAACUCACCUGUUACAUCUGCAAGCAGCGUGGUUCAGGCGCCUGCAUCCAGUGUCACAAAGCCAACUGUUACACAGCCUUCCACGUCACCUGUGCACAGCAGGCAGGCCUCUAUAUGAAAAUGGAGCCUGUCAGAGAGACUGGGGCCAAUGGCACCUCAUUCAGCGUCCGCAAGACGGCUUACUGUGACAUCCACACACCGCCAGGAUCGGCCCGACCUUUGGGAGGAGUAGGCGGUGCCAGCAUGGGUUCGUCUCACAGCGAAGGAGAGCUGGAGGAGGAUGACGAGCCCAGCAUUGGCCACGAUGAUGACUCCAAGGGCUGGAGCUCCGAGCGGGCCAAGAGGGCGAAGGCAAAAUCCAGGCUGAAAAUGAAGAGAGCGAGGAAGAUCUUAGCUGAGAGGAGAGCUGCUGCGCCAGUGGUGUCUGUGCCCUGUAUACCUCCACACAGGCUCAGCAAAAUCACUAGUAAUUUGACAGUACCCAGGAAGAGCCAAUUCAUGCAACGGCUUCACAGCUACUGGACCUUGAAGAGGCAAAGUCGCAAUGGUGUACCUCUGCUGCGCCGGCUCCAAACCCACCUGCAGUCACAGCGACAUAUUGACCCACUCCCACCACAACCUUCAUCACAGCUUCCUACAGUAAGUAAUUUUAGUGAAUAUUAUUAUUAUUAUUAUAAUUCUGUACAUGCCUCAUUCAGUUGUCUCAACAUGUUUGUGGGGGAUUAUGCUUUGUUGGUUCAGCCGAGGGACAGCGAGGAGAAACAGAGUGCUUUAAAGGAGCAGCUGAAGGCCUGGCAGAGGCUUAGACACGACUUGGAGAGAGCCAGGCUACUGGUGGAGCUCAUCCGCAAGAGGGAAAAACUCAAGAGGGAGACGAUUAAAGUGCAGCAGAUGGCGCUGGAGAUGCAGCUGACUCCUUUCCUGGUGCUGUUGAGAAGUACGUUGGAACAGUUACAGGAAAGAGACACUAACAACUUUUUCACUGAGCCUGUACCACUGGCAGAGGUGCCAGACUACCUGGACCAUAUUGACACUCCAAUGGACUUCCAGACCAUGUGGAACCUGCUGGAGUCCCAUCGCUACCUCACUUUUGAGGCCUUUGAGGCAGACUUUGGUCUCAUCGUCAACAACUGCCUCAAAUACAAUGCCAAGGACACAGUCUUUUACCGUGCAGCCCUGCGGCUCAGAGAGAUGGGAGGGGCCGUGAUAAGAACAGCGAGGCGCCAAGCUGAACGGAUCGGCUUUGACUAUGAGACCGGCAUGCAUCUCCAUCGAGAGCCGAGUCCAGACAGUCACCGUGACCACGAGAGAGACAGAGAGAGGGAGCGGGAGCGGGACAGGGACAGGGACAGAGAAAGAGACCGGCCAUUGUCUUCUAAUGAAGAUGACCUGCUCCUGCCAGAGAACAGGCGACGGCUACCACUGGAAGAGCAGCUGCAUUACCUGCAGGCGCGUCUUGAUGAGGUCAGCUCGGGGAAGCACAGCAUUGGUCAGUCUCGUAGGGCCAAAGCUCUGAGGAAAGAGAUCAGUGUCAUCAAGAGGAAGCUCGCACACCAGCGGGAGGGAGGUUCCAGUAUGGGCGGCCGGGAGUCUGUGGGAGGAGGAGACCGGGGUUCUUCUCUUCCCCAUCACCCAUCCUCAUCAGGACACCAUGAUGAGGGGGGUGAAAGCAGCAGUCAGGAGAUUGGUGGAAAAGAUCCGAGUGUUUCCUCGUCUGCCCUGGCUCCAGAGGUGGGCCGUCGGACAUCUGUCCUCUUCUCCAAGAAGAACCAAAAAAUGACUGGACCCCCCAAAAGACCAGGACGCCCUCCCAAGAACCGGGAUGCUGGCUACGCUGGGGCAGGGGUGAGCCAAAGCCCCAUUGGCCCCCCACAGCUGCCCCUGCUGUCACCAUCCAGGCAGAGGAAGAGGCCCCGCAGCCCCCACAGCAGCUCCAGCUCUGACAGUGACAGUGAUAAUGACGACCUGCUGCCAGGUUUGCCCAGUAAUGGUUUUGAUGGAGGAAACCAGCCAGUAACAGAAAGCUUCCGCGUGUACAGAAAUGAACCACGUCUCCCUCGUUCCAGCUCAGACUCUGAAUCCACAACCAGCAGCAGCAGUAGUGCAGCUUCUGACAGGACCAGUACAACCCCCUCUAAACAGGGCAGAGGAAAGGCAUCGUUCUCUCGCUCCGCCUUCCAGGAAGACAGUAGUGAGGAAACAUCAGGCACGGAAAAUGAUUCUUACUCAGUUGGAGGAUCACGGGGUGUUUCACAUUUGGUGCGGGGCCGAGCCAGGUCUGGAUGCUGGAUGACUUCUGAUGAUUAUUCUUCUCUGGAGGCUCUGGACCUGGUGUGGGCGAAGUGCAGAGGCUAUCCUUCAUAUCCUGCUCUGAUAAUUGAUCCGAAGAUGCCCAGGGAGGGGGUGUUCCACCGUGGUGUCCCAAUACCUGUCCCACCUGUGGAUGUGCUGAAACUUGGGGAGCAAAUGACCCAGGAAGCCAGGGAACACCUCUUCCUGGUUCUGUUCUUUGACAACAAAAGAACUUGGCAGUGGUUGCCGCGCUCUAAGCUGGUUCCGCUGGGAGUGGACCAGGAGCUCGACAAGGAGAAGAUGCUGGAGGGCAGGAAGUCCAACAUCCGCAAAUCAGUUCAGGUGGCCUACCACCGUGCCAUGCAGCACCGCAGCAAGGUGCAGGGAGACCCCAGCAGUGAAACCAGUGACAGUGACUGAACACACACAGACCUUAUGAGUUGGUCUUCGCAGGUGUUGUGGAGUUUAUGUUUCUCUCUUGAGAGCCCAGCCCUACAUCACAGAACACAAGAAAUAGUGCCAGUAGCACCAAGUGGAAAAAGAAAUCCACUACAUAAGCCCCAAGACAUGCACACUCAUGCACACUAAGCCGUAUUUAAUCUGACGUGUAAAAUAUUGUAUUUAAGAGAACUGAAAAAAAUGGUAUUAAUGACAAUGAUGGAAAAAUAUGCUAUGUUCAGAAUCAUGAAUCAGAAUGUUCCUCGUAUGUGGUCGAUAUGUUUAAUAACAAAUGAGAUGAUGGUUUACAGACUCAAAAAAAGAACAUAGUAUUACACUAUGAUGUAUACACAACUCUGCCUCUCCCUGUCAUUUUUACUCAUCAUUCACACAUGUAGGUUUACAUGUGUGAACAGGGAAGUGCAUGUAAUGUACAUCAAAUGCACACACUGUGGGCAUGGCUGCGAAUGCUAUCGCUCUAGCACGUUUUCACAUUCAUCACCCAACUUCAGGAAAAAAAACAACAACAACACGCCUGGUGCUAGUGUCAUUUCAGUGGAGCACAAAGAGACUGUUGCAGCCUGAACUGAGGGCAAGCCAACGUUAACGUUAUUUAUUCUGCCUACUCUUUCUUAACGAAGUCCACAAGCUUGUUUCAUCAUGGACAACUUCUAAUCACUCCAACUACACAAGACAGAACAUUGUGUGGUUCUUUUCAUCUGUCACUCUUAUGUUCAUCAUGUCACCUGUUUUUACAGUUUUGUUAACAUACGUCUGUAUCACACAGGCCGCUGGUCAAUGAAUAAUGAGGACUAAACUGAAACACACGAUCGCCUCACUGUCUGUCUUAGUCUCAGGCUGGUGGCUUUAGAACUUUUAUAUAUACAGAUUACAUAAAGAUAGAAGUUUAAUAAAAAGAAUUGAGUUUUUUAAACUUGUGGCUUGUGCUGUGGUCACUGUGUGUUUACAUCUGAGAGUGGACUGGGUAUGUUCACCUUCAGAGCACUUCCUGGUUUUCUGCUUGAUUUUAGUGAACCAUUUUGGGGAUUAUUGCCAUAUGUUCAGCAGAAAACUGACAUGCCUUCCUCCUUAUGAGGAAACAGUGACUCACAUUAGUGAUUCUCAGAACACUACACUGUAUGAUACUGAUAAAGUAUCACACAAAAAGAUAAAAGAUUUGCUGUCAGUGAACAUGACCAGUCAGGUUUUAUGUUUCUCUAGGAUUGUUUACACUGCAAAGAUAAGUAAAUGCUCUAGGGUCCUAGAUUUGCCUAAACCCUCAAGUAAACCUUCUACCUUUUACAAAAGCACAAACACUAUUCCAAACAUCUGAUAUCUUGAGGAUGUAGAGUGUAAUAACUUGUUAAACUCACAGGCUUUCUUCAUUGUAUCCGAGGGAUACAUCACAACAGAUGGGACUUUAUCAGUUCUGAUGUUUACCAUGCUGAAAACACUGUCCUCUCUAAGGUGUUAGUAGAUUACUUUUCUGCGUGGAUGUGCCAGCUAAUGUACAGUCAUUCUCCAUGAGUUCCUUAAACUGGUUCUGCAGGUUUCUUGCGCCUUUACAGUAUUUUAUUGUAUAUAAAGCACAGAGUGACUGUACACCGGUUCCACUGGUCGGACAACCUUUACAAAAACACGUGCCAUGUCUCAUUAAUGUCUCCAGGGUGCCAUGUAAACCUUGUGCACCUUGGAUGUUAAGACAGCGUUUUGGAUGGAUGGAUGGAUUAUACGUGAUUUUUGAAAAAAAACAUAAUAAUAUCAGAUAAUGCAAUAACCUGUCAAAA